AUGAUGGUACAGAUCCUCCUGAAAGCUGUGUUGGAACAUAUGAAUGACAGGGAGGUCAUUAGAGAUAGCAGACAUGGCUUCACCAAGGACAAGUCAUGUCUGACAAAUCUAGUGGCCUCCUAUAAUGGAGUGACUGUGUUACUGGAUGAGGGAAGAGCAGCUGAUGUCAUCUACCUGGGCAGUCCCCAACCAGGUCCGCCCCCAACACAUAAAGGCCGCCGCGCCGACCCACUCUCGCCACUCUCCGUCUCCGGGGGUCCGCUGUCUGGCAGAGGCAAGGGCGGGAAGGGGCUCGGCAAGGGGGGCGCCAAGCGGCACCGCAAGGUGCUGCGCGACAACAUCCAGGGCAUCACCAAGCCGGCCAUCCGCCGCCUGGCUCGGCGCGGCGGCGUGAAGCGCAUCUCGGGGCUCAUCUACGAGGAGACGCGCGGCGUGCUGAAGGUCUUCCUGGAGAACGUCAUCCGCGACGCCGUCACCUACACCGAGCACGCCAAGAGGAAGACGGUCACGGCCAUGGACGUGGUGUACGCCCUCAAGCGCCAGGGACGCACCCUCUACGGCUUCGGCGGCUAAAGCUUUUCCGUGCAGAACUUCUCGAAAACCCAAAGACUCUUUUAAGAGCCACCCACCUCCUCCUCAGGAGAGCUGUGACAUUUUAUCUCCGAAGAACAU